AUGGAUUACGUGUUGAUAAAAGACAUACGACCCGGACAAAAAAAUAUAAAUGUGGUAUUUAUUGUUCUUGAGGUUGGACAUCCUACAAUAACUAAAGAAAACCGCGAAGUUCGAACAUUCAAAGUCGCUGACGCGACCGCGUGUAUGAAUGUGUCAAUUUGGGAUGAACCAGGACAAUUGUUGGUACCUGGUGAUAUUGUGAGACUUACAAAGGGUUACGCGUCCGUCUGGAGACAAUGUUUGACACUUUAUUCUGGUAAAAAUGGUGAUAUACAAAAAAUAGGUGAAUUUUGUAUGGUUAUUAAUGAACAAUUGAAUAUGAGCGAACCUAAUCCUGCCUUAGCUCAACAACUUGUCAAUCAAGGUGGAUCUGGACCACCUGGGAAUAUUAAUAAUACCAUUACUAAUAAUGCAAUUCAACAACAGCAAACUCAACAGCGAGCAGUUCGACUAAAAGUGGUAACGGCAGUGGCACUGGUGGUUCAGGAAGUAGUGGUCCAAGCUCCACGGGACUACCGGGUGGUUCUGCAAGAUUUAGCAAUGAAAGUACUCCAAAGACGACGGCAGCCUCAACUGGAAAAAGCAGCACGCGUGGCCGAGGAAAUUACCGAAACGGCGGUCGCAGUGAUCGCAGAUAACACCACGAGUCAAUAA